GUCAACACCAGAAGAUGAGUCGAAAGUUGAAACUGAAACGUCAAAAAUGGAUGAGAACUCAACAGCUGAAACUGAAGUGUCAACAAGUGAAACGGAGACAUCCGACCCUGAAGAGAACUCGAUAGUUGAAAUUAAGACGAUCACAACUGAAGUAAGCUCGACAAAUGAAGCUGAAACGUCUACACCUGAAGACAACCCUACUGAAACGGAGACAAUCGCUACUGAAGAGAUCUCGACAGUUGAAACUAAGACAACCACAACUGAAGUAAGCUCAACAAAUGAAGCUGAAACGUCUACACCUGAAGACAACCUUAUUGAAACGGAGACAAUCGCUACUGAAGAGAUCUCGACAUUUGAAUCUAUGACGACCACAAUUGAAGUAAACAAACAAACAAAUAAAGCUGAAACGUCUACACGUGAAGACAACUCUGCUGAAACGGUGACGUCCGCCACUGAAGGAAUCUCGACAGUUCAAACUAAGACGACUACAAUUGAAGUAAGCUCAACAAAUGAAGCUGAAACGGAGACGUCCGCUAAUGAAGAGAUCUCGAUAAUUGAAACUAAGACAUCCACAACUGAAGUAAGCUCAACAAAUGAAGCUGAAACAUAUACACCUGAAGACAAUCCUACAACGGAGACAUCCGCCACCGAAGAGAUCUCGACAGUUGAAACUAAGACAACCACAACUGAAGUAAGCUCGACAAAUGAAGCUGAAACGUCUACACCUGAAGACAACCCUACUGAAACGGAGACAUCCGCCACCGAAGAGAUCUCGACAGUUGAAACUAAGACAACCACAACUGAAGUAAGCUUAACAAAUGAAGCUGAAACGUCUACACCUGAAGACAAUCCUAGUGAAACGGAGACAUCCGCCACUGAAGAGAUCUCGACAGUUGAAACUAAGACAACCACAACUGAAGUAAGCUCGACAAAUGAAGCUGAAACGUCUACACCUGAAGACAAUCCUACUGAAACGGAGACAUCCGCCACCGAAGAGAUCUCGACAGUUGAAACUAAGACAACCACAACUGAAGUAAGCUCGACAAAUGAAGCUGAAACGUCUACACCUGAAGACAUCCCUACUGAAACGGAGACAAUCGCUACUGAAGAGAUCUCGACAGUUGAAACUAAAACGACCACAAUUGAAGUAAGCUCAACAAAUGCAGCUGAAACGUCUACACCUGAAGACAACCCUACUGAAACGGAGACAUCCGCCACCGAAGAGAUCUCGACAGUUGAAACUAAGACAACCACAACUGAAGUAAGCUUAACAAAUGAAGCUGAAACGUCUACACCUGAAGACAACCCUACUGAAACGGAGACAAUCGCUACUGAAGAGAUCUCGACAGUUGAAACUAAAACGACCACAACUGAAGUAAGCUCAACAAAUGCAGCUGAAACGUCUACACCUGAAGACAACCCUACUGAAACGGAGACAAUCGCUACUGAAGAGAUCUCGACAGUUGAAACUAAGACAACCACAACUGAAUUAAGCUCAACAAAUGCAGCUGAAACGUCUACACCUGAAGACAACCCUACUGAAACGGAGACAAUCGCUACUGAAGAGAUCUCGACAGUUGAAACUAAGACAACCACAACUGAAGUAAGCUUAACAAAUGAAGCUGAAACGUCUACACCUGAAGACAACCCUACUGAAACGGAGACAUCCGCCACCGAAGAGAUCUCGACAGUUGAAACUAAGACAACCACAACUGAAGUAAGCUCGACAAAUGAAGCUGAAACGUCUACACCUGAAGACAACCCUACUGAAACGGAGACAAUCGCUACUGAAGAGAUCUCGACAGUUGAAACUAAGACAACCACAACUGAAUUAAGCUCAACAAAUGCAGCUGAAACGUCUACACCUGAAGACAACCCUACUGAAACGGAGACAAUCGCUACUGAAGAGAUCUCGACAGUUGAAACUAAGACAACCACAACUGAAGUAAGCUUAACAAAUGAAGCUGAAACGUCUACACCUGAAGACAACCCUACUGAAACGGAGACAUCCGCCACCGAAGAGAUCUCGACAGUUGAAACUAUGACAACCACAACUGAAGUAAGCUCGACAAAUGAAGCUGAAACGUCUACACCUGAAGACAACCCUACUGAAACGGAGACAUCCGCCACCGAAGAGAUCUCGACAGUUGGAACUAAGACAACCACAACUGAAGUAAGCUCGACAAAUGAAGCUGAAACGUCUACACCUGAAGACAACCCUACUGAAACGGAGACAUCGCUACUGAAGAGAUCUCGACAGUUGAAACUAAAACGACCACAACUGAAGUAAGCUCAUCAAAUGAAGAUGAAACGUCUACACCUGAAGACAACCCUAGUGAAACGGAGACAUCCGCCACCGAAGAGAUCUCGACAGUUGGAACUAAGACAACCACAACUGAAGUAAG